AUGUCAGCUGAUCCUGCUGCUGUCGUGCUACCAGAACAAAGGAAGAAGAAGAAAUCCGCAACAGGGGCUGGGAUUGACGGCGAUCCAACCAUGGCGGAGGAGGCCAACAUCGCGGAGAUGCUUCGUACAAUCCUGGCGCAGCAAAAUAUGGCGAUUCAGACGCAAUUCGAUAAUCUGAAUCAACAGCUGGCCGAACUACGAGCCACGGUAAAUGCCCCAAUGAUACAGAGGAACGUGGCAGGGCAGGUGCUUGUUCCUGAACAGAAUCGAGCUCCGGGCGAUGAAGAAUUUCAACCACCCAAGCAGGACAGGGGAACCAAGUCGCCGAUUUGA